AUGGCCGCCGCGCCGGUGGCGUCCCCCUUCCCCACGCUCCCCUCGCCCUCCCCCACCCUCAGCACGUCCGCGCGCCGUCUUCACGGCCGCGCGGUCCCGCCACCAGCGGCGGCCGCCUCGCCGCGCGAGCAGCAGCAGCAGCAGCAGAGCGCCAGGGGCGCGGCGGGCGCGGGGGAAAGCAGGCGGCGGCGGGAGGAGGAACAGGCGGAGGCCGCGGCGGAGGAGUUCGAGCGGCAGCGGAAGGAGGAAGUGAACCGCAAGAUCGCCUCCCGGAAGGCGCUCUCCAUCAUCCUCCGGCGCGAGGCCACCAAGGCCGUCCUCGACAAGCGCGAGCCCGGCAAGGGCACCCGCCGCCUCCUCCCCCGCACCGUCCUCGAGGCCCUCCACGACCGCGUCGCCGCGCUCCGCUGGGAGUCCGCCCUCAAGGUGUUCGAGCUAAUGCGGGACCAGGUGUGGUACAGGCCGUACGUCGGGAUAUACAUCAAGCUCAUCACCAUGCUCGGCAAGUGCAAGCAGCCGGGGAAGGCGCACGAGCUCUUCCAGGCCAUGGUCGACGAGGGCUGCGCCCCCAACCUCGAGUCGUACACUGCCCUUGUCUCCGCGUACAGCAGGAGCGGCAGCUUCGACAGGGCUUUCUCCUUGCUUGAUCAGAUGAAGGCCACCCCUGGUUGCCGGCCCGAUGUGCAGACAUACUCGAUCCUCAUCAAGUCCUGCUUGCACGCCUAUGACUUCGACAAGGUGAAGGACUUGCUGGAGGAUAUGGCGCGCGCGGGUAUCCGCCCCAACACCGUGACUUAUAAUACUCUCAUUGAUGCUCAUGGGAAAGCAGGAAGGUUUGCUGAGAUGGAGUCAACUCUUCUUGAGAUGUUGUCUGAAGACUGCAAGCCUGAUGUGUGGACAAUGAAUUCUACUCUGAGAGCUUUCGGUAGCAGUGGUCAGAUUGAGACAAUGGAAAGCUGCUACGAGAAGUUCCAGGCAUCUGGUAUCUCCCCAAACAUUAAGACCUACAACAUUUUACUUGAUUCCUAUGGUAAAGCCAAAAUGUAUGAGAAGAUGGGAGCAGUGAUGGAGUACAUGCAGAAGUAUUACUAUUCUUGGACAAUAGUCACAUACAACGUAGUUAUUGAUGCAUUCGGAAGGGCCGGCGAUCUUGAACAGAUGGAAUACAUCUUUAGAUUGAUGAAAUCAGACCGUAUAAAACCUAACUGUGUCACCCUCUGUUCAUUGAUUAGAGCAUAUGGAAGGGCUGACCAAGUAAAGAAAAUAGAGACAGUGUUAAGAGUUGUUGAGAAUUCAGAUAUCACGUUGGAUAUUGUGUUUUUCAACUGUUUGGUGGACGCAUAUGGGAGGGUGGGGCGCUUGGCAGAGAUGUGGGAUGUUCUCAAUAUGAUGAAGGAAGAGCAAAUAAGACCAGACAAGGUAACCUGCACUACCAUGAUCAAAUGGUUUCUCGUCAAAGGGAUUGAUGAUCAUCGUGUUCAGUACCUGCGUGACCUAAAAGAUGGGCGAUCUACAGAUAACAAGUAGGUCUGAACAUUAAAACAGAUACUCCCUCCGUUCACUUUUGUAAGACCGUUUAGACAUUUAAGACAACACCCAAAACAGUUCAAUUUCAGCUGUCUAAAACGUCUUAUGAAAGUGAACAGAGGGAGUACUGAACUUAUGGGUUCUGUUCUCUGCAUUUUUCUCCAAGAAGAUGGAAUGACCUGCGUAAAAGCAUCACUCAGUUUGCCCUUUGCAAAGAGGCAUCAGUCAUAUUCUUCUCUUUGAUGCCCUUAAGGAGAAACUUGAGUGUUACUGAAUCAAACAUUUGUCCGUGGCAAUUCAGAGGCACAAAAAUUUGCCUUAGAAGUUCAACAGCUGAAGUACAGAACUCUCUGGUAGCAUAUGUCAGAUAGCAAAGUUGCCUAUGGUUAUGGCAUCCCAAGAAUGAGUUGAUGAUCGCAAAUGAAUCCAAACUGGCUUUGCGAUUGAAGGGAAGUGGACAAGAGAGGAAUUUGAAGCCCUCCGUCAGUAGCUAUGAGUUUCGUGACAAUCAAAUAGAACUACUAGCGGUGUGCUGGUGACACUCUUCAGAUUAUGCUGUGUCUUGUGUCUUGAUGUAUUGCUCUUACAUCUGUACAUGACAUCAUAUGUCCUGCUGGCUUACGCAAAGAUGGAGAGAAGCUUAAUAUGCUAACAAAAUCAAAUGUUGUAGUGUUCUACCUUUGAAUUUUUGGGAAAUGAUCUAGUUGAUUGUUUGGUACUUCACCUAACAUUGUUGACAUCACUGUCCUGCAAAAAAGGAAACUGGCACCUAACAAAUAGACCGAGGAAUUGUUGUAAAUGGGGAUUCUAUUCUAUCUUGACCUAUAUUCAACAAAGGCUCUAAAGUUUAUGGAAUGGAAUAUUGUUUGUGGAA